AUGUUCAUUAAUAAACCUAAACCAAACCCAUCGUCAUCAUCAUUAUCUUUAAGUGAUAUGGCCGACAUCCUGAUGCAUAAACUUGAUCAGACCAAAGUUUUCCCUCCUUACUACAAUAAACCUGAAGAGUUAAUCGACCCAGUAAAACAAAAAACUUCAGGAAUACCUCGCCCACCUAACGGUUUUCUGCUAUGCAGAAAGAACGUGCACCAACAAGCAAAACAAUGUGGAAUACAAAACAUGAGAGUUAUAAGCAAAGUUACGGGAAUGUUAUGGCGUAGUGCUUCGCCACAAGAAAAG